AUUGAAUGCAUAUAGAACUAUGGAGCAAGCUUCAUAUUACGAAAUUUCACGAAUUCUCACUCUCCAUUGCCAAAACCUUCCUCUAGGGUUUCAUCCUCUCCGAUUCAUGCUCUGAUCCAAAUCUCUCCUUCAAUAUUUGGCCUUUUUUUCCUUCCUUCUUCACACAAUUUUAUUUUAUUUUUGGUUCAAUUUGGGGUUAAUUGACCUACUUUUUCUCGUCUCAAAACCCUAAUUUUCAAAACCCACAUGCUAAAUUUUCUUCAGAAUGGCUGUUCCUAGAUGGGUUACUUUUUUCUAGGGUUUUUGAAUUUUGGGUCAGUCAAUGGGUGCCCUAACUAGCAAUCGUAAGCGCGGUGACGAAUGUUUCACCUUGAAUCAUACGUUCUUGUCUCCGUAUCCUCAAGAUUUGGACCGUAGAAUCGAUUCUCACAUUUCCAAGAAGCCUAGGCUUUCAUCUAUGCCACAGACCCCGGACCCUGCCGUUUCGUCGAGAAGUACUGCUUCAAGAAUUCAGCGGUACCCCGAGCCGACGGCGAAGUUGCGUAGGGAAGUUCAUGCCCCGUGUAGAGUGGUCAAAUUCGGAUUUGCAGCGAGUUCGAAUCGGGAGUCGAGGGUAAGGAUUGGUGAGGUCGACGAGAAGGUAGGUUUGAGUAACGUUAUGGGGAAUGUUCUUAGCUCUCAAUAUGAAAAGGCAAAAAAUACUGCAAUUCAAGCGUUACGGUACUUCAGGAAGGAUAAGGAGGUGAUUGAUGUGGAAAAUGAGCGAGGUGAAGAUUUAGCGUCGGAAGAUUCAAGUAUAGAAGAGAUUGAGGCUGUGGAAGAUGGGCGAGAAGGGCGGUCUGUGGUUUCAGAUGAGAGGUCACGGGGGGCUGAUGGGGCGGCUGUUCCCGAUAUCCAGGAAUUGGAAACAAAAAAUUUCAACCGGCGGCUUUGGCAGUCUUCUUCUUCUGGGGUUACGGAAUUGAGCAAUGUUAAUUUGAAGAUGUUGGAUUCAUUGACACUGCGUGAGACGGAUGUUGAGUUAGGAGUGCUUCCGCACAAAAAGUGGUUGGAUUCUGCUGAGAAACGGAAUUCCAAAUUGAGAGAUUUGAGUGUUCAAAUUAAGUUUUUGGAGGCUCAACGAUCUUCAUUGCAUGCAUUGCGUCCUGCAAAGAAACCAGAGGAGGAGGUACCUAGAGAACCUUUCCUCCCUCUUACACAGGAGGAAGAGGCUGAGGUUGAUCGUGCCUUAUCUUCCAUAAAUAGGAGGAAGGUAUUGGUCACCCAUGAGAACUCCAACAUUGAGAUUACAGGAGAAAUAUUGCAAUGCCUCCAACCCACUGCAUGGUUGAACGAUGAGGUCAUAAAUGUGUACCUCGAGUUACUGAAAGAGAGAGAAAAGAGAGAACCGAAAAAGUUUUUGAAAUGUCAUUUCUUCAACACAUUCUUUUAUAAAAAGUUAAUAAGUGGGAGGAAUUCCUAUGACUAUAAAUCUGUUAGAAGAUGGACUACCCAAAGGAAGUUGGGAUACAGCCUUAGUGAAUGUGACAAAAUAUUUGUCCCCAUCCAUCAAGAGAUACAUUGGUGCUUAGCAGUUAUCAAUAAACAGGAUAAGAAGUUCCAGUAUCUUGAUUCACUCAAAGGAAUGGAUACCCGAGUGCUGAAAGUAUUGGCUAGAUACUAUGUGGAUGAAGUGAAGGACAAGAGUGAGAAGGACAUUGACCUGAGUUCUUGGGAGCAAGAAUACGUAGAAGACCUUCCUGAACAGAAGAAUGGGUACGACUGUGGCAUGUUCAUGAUCAAAUAUGCUGAUUUCUAUAGCAGAGGCAUAGAGCUCUGUUUCAACCAGGAACACAUGCCCUAUUUUCGGUUGAGGACUGCUAAGGAGAUUUUAAAAUUGAAAGCCGACUAAUCAUGUUAUUCUGGCUAUAUGAAUACCUUGUAGUAAUCCCUCAUUAUUUUGAGGACAGUUCUGCACUGAAGGAUGAGUGGUUUUGAAAAAUUGAUAAUCCCAUUUUGACAAGGAUUGCUUCACUUUACCAAAUCCUGAAGCGGUAGCCUUUGCAGGGGUUCUGGUUUGUUGGAUUGGACAAAUUGGUCAAGAUUAUCUUGUUGAGACAACCCAGGUAAGCUUUAAUUAAAGUGUACGAGGCAGGAUGGGAACUUGUAUAUACUACAUAUUAAGUGCCAGUAUUGAGUUGUGAGACAUUUUUUGUCAGUAGGGAGUUUUCUGAGUGUUGAGCUGUGUGUUAAUUUUUAAGAUGUGAGGCUCAUUGUUUUUUCUUUUUCCUUCUGCUGGGUCCAUAGUGGCAUCCCAUAGCUUAUUUCACCAGAUUCUCAUCAAUUCAUAAAUGUACUGAGAGGAUUCUCCGUUUACUUCUUUUGGGAAAAAAGAGAAAUACUUGUUUAGAUUUUUGGAUAUCUUCCUCUUCUGUUCUCAUGGGAUUCAUAAUGAGGUACUAGUUUUGUUUUCUGACACUUGCUUUGCUCAGUGUUAAUAGUAAAAUUUAUAUUAUUGUGA